AUGCCCGGAGACAAGGACCGCGCUGCAGAAUGGUGCACACACUGCAACGCCGGUGGUCACACCCUCCCACAGUGUGAAUAUUUCGCGCACUACACCCGGGGAAUUGCAAUUGCGAUGCACGCCAUCGCCCAAAACUCAAACAUAGUCAUAUUGGAGAAAUCCACCUGUCACCCUAGGAUGUUGGGAUCCUUCAUUCCAUUUGAUCCGUCGAUGCAUCUGACAUGUGCUAACGAUGUGUACCUAGACAACAGCAAGACCACCGGCUCCAAAAGCCCUGUCCGCCCCUCUACCAACACUACAAACGCUGGCAAGUGA